CCUCUCUCUCUCUGUCUCUCCCGUUUCUCCUCCCGCAAGUUUCGACAGAGACCUAGCUCUCGCUCGCUCUCUUUCUCGCUCGCGGUCACUCCCGCUGGCGACCAAAUUGAUUCCGCGUGGUUCUAUGAAAAGUAACCCUUUUGAGAUAUACUGGGCGCUUGGUGAGAAAUUGGAUGUACUUCUCUUCUUGAGGAGACCUUCCUGUGAGGAUGGCAUCUAGAGCACUUGUCAGGAGGAAGAGCGUCAUCUCGGAUUACUUGCAUUCCUCAGUUCGCUCGGUUCAAUAUCUCCAAUGUCUUGGGCAUGAGCAUGCUCCUCUCUACAGAGAUCUGCAUGGUUACAGCAACAUUGCUGAACUUCCAUCUGCAGAUGUAGACAGAAAAAGUAAUAGCACGGCUCUCUUGAUUGCAAAAGAGAAACUGCUUAGCAAUCAAGGAUUUGGACAUUUUGGGGGGAUAUGUGGAAAUGCUGGGUAUGUUCGAGGAAAUGUACGACAAGAACUCAUGCAUCCCUUGGGUCUGAGGUGGAUGUUGCACUCCACUUGCCAUGCUUCCACUGCUGCUGCGAAGCAGCAGGAGCUGGGUAGUGACGAUGAAGGCAAUGAAGAUUUAGUUGCUAAAAGGAGGAAGGAAGCAUCUGCAGAAGAUUGUGAUGAAGCUGUUGCUGAUCUAAGUUCUGCCAAAGCAAAAGCAAAAGCUAAAAAGUUGCAAGAGUCACAAAGAGCAGCCCAGUCCAUCCUGCAAAGGGUAUGGGCCAGUCUCCUGGGGAUCGGUCCUGCUUUGAGAGCCGUGGCUUCCAUGAGCAGAGAGGAUUGGGCCAAGAAACUUUUGCAUUGGAAAGCAGAAUUUGUGUCGACAUUGCAACAUUACUGGUUGGGGACGAAGUUAUUGUGGGCAGAUGUGAGGAUUAGUUCUAGAUUGCUUUUAAAACUUGCAGAUGGUAAGAGUCUAUCAAGAAGGGAGAGGCAGCAGCUAACCCGUACAACAGCCGAUAUUUUUAGGCUAGUUCCUUUUGCGGUGUUCAUAAUCGUUCCAUUCAUGGAAUUUUUGCUGCCGGUAUUUCUCAAGUUGUUCCCCAAUAUGUUGCCCUCAACAUUUCAAGACAAGAUGAAAGAGCAGGAAGCACUAAAACGGAGGUUAAAUGCGAGAAUUGAAUAUGCCAAGUUUCUGCAAGACACAGUCAAAGAAAUGGCUAAAGAAGUUCAAAACUCAAGAAGUGGUGAAUUAAAGCAAACUGCGGAAGAUCUUGAUGAGUUUCUCAAUCGGGUCAGAACAGGUUCCCAAGUGAAUAAUGAAGAAAUUUUGAGUUUUGCCAAGUUAUUCAAUGAUGAGCUUACUCUAGAUAAUAUCAGUAGACCUAGACUAGUAAACAUGUGCAAAUAUAUGGGAAUCAGCCCAUUUGGAACAGAUGCAUAUUUACGCUACAUGCUUCGUAAGCGGCUUCGGAGCAUUAAAGAAGAUGAUCAACUAAUUCAAGCUGAGGGGUUGGAGUCCCUCUCGGAGGAGGAGCUUCGCGAAGAUUGUAGGGAAAGAGGCAUGCUUGGAUUACGUUCUGUUGAAGAAAUGCGCCAACAGCUUCGUGAUUGGUUGGACUUGUCUCUGAAUCACUCUGUACCAUCCUCUCUUUUGAUCCUUUCCAGGGCCUUUGUUGUAUCUGGACGGCUCAAACUAGAGGAAGUUGUUGGAGCCACACUUUCUUCUCUUCCAGAUGAAGUUGUGGAUACUGUUGGUGUUACCUCAUUACCUUCUGAAGAUUCUGUGUCUGAAAGGAGAAGGAAAUUGGAGUACCUAGCAAUGCAAGAAGAACUGAUAAAGGAGGAGGAAGAGAGAGAAGAAGAAGAGCAAACUAAGAGUAAGGAGUCUGGAGUUGGUAGGGUAGAUGUGGCUUUAGAGGAGAUGAAUCUGCCAACAGCAGAGGAAGCACAGAAACAAGCUAUAGCAAGAACAUUAGAGAAGCACGAGCACCUCUGUGAAAUAAGUCAGGCUUUGGCUGUUUUAGCUUCAGCAUCUUCAGUGAGUAGGGAGCGUGAGGAGUUCUUGCAGCUCGUCAAUAAAGAGAUAGGGCUCUAUAAUAGCAUUGUGGACAAAGAGGAGACAGAUGGUGAGAAAGAUGCUAUGAGGGUGUAUAAGGCUGCACGAGAGGAAAAUGAUCAGAUGGAUGAAGUCGCUGAACAGGAUGCAGUUUCAUCUGCACUAAUAGACAGGGUUGAUGCUAUGCUUCAGAAUCUAGAGAAGGAAAUUGACACUGUUGAUGCUGUAAUUGGUGACCGUUGGCGACUACUUGAUAGGGAUCAUGAUGGGAAGGUGACACCUGAGGAAGUUGCUGCUGCUGCUUUGUAUUUGAAAAAUACUCUGGACAAGGAGGGUAUACAAGAACUAAUCAGCAAUCUAUCUAAAGAUAGAGAUGGGAAGAUUCUCGUGGAAGACAUUGUCAGAUUGGGCAGUCGGACAGAUGAUACUAAUGCUGCUGAAGACUGUACAAGGUGAUGUCCGAAACUCACUGUUGGCCGCUCCGCGAUCUUCUGGUCUUUUAGAGCGGGUUGGUUGACUUAUAAAUGUCAGGUCCGUUGAUCUUUGGAUUAAUUUCUACACAAGCUUCAGUCUUAGUCGAUAGUGUAAUAUUCUUUUUGCCUGUUGAUUUAACCUUCCUGGGCGUUGUUUUUGCUAUGAUGCCCAUUACGUGAGCUUUACUUCAUAUGUGUAGAGGUAAAUUUUAGCUCGAGUCAUUGGAAGGAGGCUGUAUAUUUGGUCAUGUCAACGGUGAUACUGAUCUUAAAAUUGUAUGUAAACAAAGAAAAUAAUCGGAGCUCUUUUGCAUCAAUAAUUACUAAACAAAAAUUUGUUUAGAUAGAA